CAUAAACAUACAUACAAAGCGCUUGUGACCGACUCGUCACAUCGCUUGCCUCGCGAAGCAUUGUUGCAACCAUCAUGGCGCAGGCACCGGAAGUACAAGGCUACGAGCACGAAGACGCUUGGGAUGUCAGUUGGCUGAGGGUCGACGAGACCCAUGAGCUUUACUAUGAGCAGUACGGUCUGAAGGAUGGAAAAGCAGUGAUCUACCUGCACGGAGGUCCUGGUGGUCACAUCAGCAAAGGAAACACAGCUUUCUUCAACCCAGAGCACUAUCGCGUGGUCUUGCUUGACCAGCGUGGGUGCGGACAGUCGCGACCGAACGCCAGCACUGUAAAUAACACAACCUGGCAUCUGGUGUCUGACAUCGAAAAGCUCAGAGAACAUCUUGGCGUCAAGAAAUGGCAUUUAGUCUUCGGUGGGUCCUGGGGCUCGACACUAGCGCUCGCAUACGCCCAAGCACACCCUUCGUCCGUUGGCUCAAUGGUACUGCGAGGCAUCUUCGCGUUCCGUGCGCUUGAGCUGAAGUGGACGACCUUUGCAGGAGGAGCGAGCUUCGUCUUCCCAGACCAUUACGAUGAGUUUAUUAGCUUUCUUCCUGAAGAGGAACGAGCUGAUCAUGUGGCUUCAUACCACAAGCGAUUGAUGUCCGAGGAUGAGAGCAUCAGCCAUCCUGCCGCGAGAGCCUGGAAUAAGUGGGAGGUCUCCAUCAGCACUUUGUAUCCAAAUAUCAAGGGGCUAGCUCAGCUCGAUGAUGCAUCGUACAAUCUCGCACACGCGAGGACGGAAGCCCAUUAUUUCACGAAUCGGGGAUGGCUGGAAGAAGGCCAGCUCCUGAGGAAGGAAAAUAUUGACAAGAUUCGUCACAUUCCUACCACCAUCGUGCAGGGCCGUUAUGAUACGGUCUGUCCACCCGUCACAGCUUGGGAGUUGCACAAGGCCUUCCCUGAAACAAAGCUACACUGGAUCUCAGACGCUGGGCACAGCGCAACGGAGCCGGGGACCAAGAACAAGCUGGUUGAAAUUUGCGAGGAGUAUUCCAGCCUCUCUCUAUAGAUGCGACCCUACAGGGGCGCAGAAGAUGGAACACUGCAACAUCUAGGUAGAUUCGUCAACAGGCCUGCAUAGUACUCACACUAGAAUACAUCAAAUCAAAGACCUGUGAAGUCACCC